AGAAUAUUGUGAAACACGUAGUGUGGCUCGGAACAGAGGCCGACAUAGUCGCGUGCGAUGCAGGGCAAGUUGCUGGUGUGUGUGUGUGCGGCAGCGGCCGUGGUGUGCGUGGCGCGCGCGUCCCGACACGACGCGUACUCCAGAGCCACAGUGUUCGGAGUCCAGCUCCGUAACUCCUCGGACCUGGAGCUGCUGCACAACCUGGAACUGGAGCUCCACCUGGACAUGUGGCAGUACGGCAUGCCGCGCCAGAGAGACGCCAUGGUGAUGGUGCCGCCACACGCGAGGGACCAAUUCCUCACCUCGCUGGACACUGAGGGCGUCGGCCACUACGUGCACAUUGAGGACGUCGCACAAGCUUUGGAGAAACAUGACGCAGAUAUAUCCAGCUGGAGGAGCAGCAGAGCUCCCAGGAUGAUAUUCCAGGAUUACCAACGAUACGCCGAGAUCGAUGCUUACAUGGAGACGGUCCAGGCCAGGUACCCGAACCUGGUGACUGUCGUCAAUGCUGGGAAGAGCUUUGAAGGGCGAGACAUUAAAUACUUGAAGAUAUCAACAACGAACUUCGCCGACCGCAGCAAACCGGUGUACUUCAUGGAAGCAAUGAUCCACGCGCGCGAGUGGGUCACCACCCCUGUGGCGCUGUACUCCGUCUACCGGCUGGUGGAGAACCUGAGGCCUCAGGACCGAGACCUGCUGCAUGACAUCGACUGGAUCAUUCUGCCAGUCGUCAACCCGGACGGAUACGAGUACUCUCAUACCACAGAUCGUUUGUGGCGUAAAACUAGAUCGAUCGACGAGAGUAUCAGCACGACCUGUGUCGGAGUGGAUGGCAACAGGAACUUUGACGUUCGCCAUGGACAAGGCACGCCGGCAGAUCCCUGUCAGAAUACAUACGCCGGGCCCAGGCCCUUCUCGGAGCCCGAGACAGGGUACGUGAGGGACAUACUCGCGGAACACAAGGACAGAGUGCAAAUAUUCAUGGACAUCCACAGUCACGGGAACUACGUGCUCUUCGCGUACGGAGACACCACUUUGCCGCCGAACGCCUUACAAAUAUUCCUUGUGGGAGCCGCCAUGGGCGCCGCCAUGGACGCUAUAAAGUUGCCUCAGGCUGGUUUCUACCGAGUGGGAAACAGUGCCUCCGUGCUGUACCCAUCUUCGGGAAGUGCUCAGGAUUACGGUCAGGUGGCGGGCGCCGCGACCUCGUACACGCUGGAGCUGCCGGGGUACGGCUACGGGUUCCUGGUGCCGCCGCACUACAUGGACCACGUCAACGAGGAGACCUGGCAGGGCAUCGCCGUCACCGCCAGGUACUCGCGCGCCCUCUACCGACAGCGGUACAACGCUGCCUCCAACACUCAGCCUUAACAAAUUCAAGUUAUAUU